UUUGCGCGCCUUUUGUAAAAUAUAUUUUGUGAUUUACCAAUUAGAGAACUUGAAAAUAUUUUAAAAUGAGAAUUUGCUAUUUGUGUAAAACUAAAUAUCCCAAGGGAAGCGGAAUUUUGUUCUGUGUACCCAGGGAUGAACAUACUCGUGGAAAGUGGGGCGAAAUUUGUGGAAAAAUUUUCACAGCAAACGCCCGGAUUUGCGAUAAACAUUUCUUGUCAUCCAGCAUUAUAAAUGUUGGUGGCAGAAAUAGUUUAUUGCCAAAUGCGGAACCAGUGUACAUUAAUGUACAUUGUUCUGAACCAUUUAUGGGACAAUGUGUUUCAACUUCUAUGGAGAUUGAAGAUGUCAAUCCUUCACAUGGAGAUAUUUCUAUUGAAGGAACGUCAUUUAUGGAAAUGGUGAUGCCAGAAGAUUAA